CGUAGUAACAUUGCUGAUGCUAUCGCAGUUUCUGGAAUUCUACUCAAAAGCAAAUACUCAUAGAAUACUUUACAAGGUCGAAAGUCCCUUAUGCACAGGGACCACCUUUGGUAAGAGCUUAUGAGUUGGAUACGACAUUGUUUCGACGUGUUUGGUGUUGGAGUGUGACCACUCUGUGCCAUGUACUGUAUCAAGCAGUUGGAAAACGUGUUUACGUUGGUGGGGAGGCGCGUGCCCGUUCAUGCGUUAAUGCACCGUGUUGAGGAUUGGCAGAAAAAAAGCAGGCGCAAUCCUGGGUGUUGUAACGAGGCUCUUUGCGUGACUAGAACGCUAAAGUUUGGUCAGGCUCCUUGUUAUAGCCUGGAUCCGGCAGGCUGUAAAAGUUGAUUGAUUUCUGCAGAAGAUGACUAAUUACGACUCACAGCACAUGCAUGAUACGCAUCGUGUCCAAUCGUGAUACUGGAGCCUACUCCUCGGAAAUAAAAAUAUAUAAUCUUAAAUAGAGAAUAAGUACCAUUAUAUAUCAUUUAAAAUAAUGUUUUAAUCUAACCUGACAAGCGAUGUAACCAAUUCUGGCUCUCUAACUGUCCCGUAAACAAGCAGCGCCAAACAUUUACACACGCUGCCCAAUGUGGUGUUUCCUACAAUACGUGACGUUUUUUCCUGGCAGGGUUUAUUCUCGGUCACUCAGACCAUGCAAGCAGGGGCCCAGGAUAGGGAGUAUGGAUUGACCCAGGAAAGAAAUGAAAUAUGGUAAUUUUCCAAUGCCCUCAGCGCCCUAUCAAUUUUUAAAACAUUUAUUUCUGGACCAUUAAUGUAGUAUGUUCAACUUGGCAAAGAGCAGCAGGUGGAGGAAACGGUUUUAGCUUCUGAAACUAUCAUUUUUGUACACCGGGGCAGUAUGAAGAGAAAUUAUCCUGGACAUAAUGUAUUUGUGUCCUUGCACAUCUUGAAAUGCUCCAUAUGAAAGGGAUUCAUUAUUGUUCCUAGGCGUACUUGCAGCAGCUGUGUCAAAUGCUAAUUUUAGUAUAUGCCACGGGCCGCUAAAAAUGGACAGUGGGCCGCAAAUGGCCCCCGGGGACUAAUUUGGACACCGCUGCUGGAGCGCACCUCAGGAGUCGAAAGUUGGAUUUUUCUGCAAAUUCUUACGAUGUGUGUGGGUUUUUUGUUUCUAUUUAGAUUGCCUGGCUGGAUGUUGCUGGCCCUGAUGAUAACUUGUCCUCUGUGACAUGUUUCACUCCAGAAAGAAUUCUGAUGACCCAGAUUACAGUUGUCCCCCAAAAAAAGAAAAGCAAAGAAUAAAAAUCUGAGCAAGUUUUGAGCAAUUUGGCACUUGCCCGUGAUGGUAGAUAUCUCUAAGGAGACAAAUGCUUCUCAGCGCUCUGACACAGUGACAGAGUUUGACUGCCAGGUGGCAACAUCACUAUUUUCAGAGGAUGACCUGAGUGAGUCCUCAGGCCCCCGUUCCUGUUCGAACUCAGACUCACAGAUCCUCAGCUCCAGCUUUUGCAGCAACUCAAGUGCUGAUAGCCAGGGCAGCAUCCUGGACCACUUGCUUUCCCAAGCUUCUUUCGGAGGUACCAGCAAUGUCCCGUCAACCACCACGGCACCUUCCUUCCACUGUGACUUACAUAGUUACAGCACCUCGAUAAAAAUGGAAGGUUUUGACCUUUUGUGGUCAAAUGCAAACAAGCACAAUAGAGGGUCCUUCCAGCCUACGCUGGAAGAAAUUGAAGAAUUCCUGGAGGAGAAUAUUGAGGUUUUGAAGCAGGAAACACAAGUGGGUGGACUAAGUAUCGAAAUAACAUCAGAGGACUAUCUAGGUAUCGAUGUUGGAUUGGAGUAUUGUAGAGAGGCUUCCUCUGAGCCAACGGUAGAGUCUGAUAUCAAGUGUUCGGACCAAACUGUUUCUACUGCCAGUACUGUUAGCAUGACCUCUGUUGAGACUGAAACCCUGUCAUCAAACCACACACAUGGAUCCAACAAAGGCAACAAAAAGACCUCCGAUGGCAACCCUUCACUGACUGACGCUAAUAAAGAAUGAACACCAGUCAUCCUUCAGUUUCAGCCCCUUCACUCAAAGCGGGAGCCAGGAGUGGUGCCUCCGACACCUGCAACCCACCUCCCACGAAAGUCUCC